ACCAUAUGAAUGUCUUUGGGAGAGAGGACAAAGUAACUGUACCUAUACAAUGAAGACAAAUGGUACCAAAGCUACUUUCCGAUGUAAAAUAUCAUUGUUCCAAUUGGACAGUUCAGUUGAAAACAUUGAUUUUCACAUCAGUCAAGACUGUAAGUAUGACAUACCAAAUGUACCAGUAGCCAAUAAGGUAAUGGAGGCGUCUAUACCCUUCACAGCACGACUAGAGAUCAGCCAUUACUUGGACUACGAGCAUCCGUUGGGAAACGACUGGAGAAAGUUCGCAGAAUGGAAUGAUUUGAAUAUGGUAGAAAUCAAUAAAAUCGAGUCCAUGCGCAAUCAUAAGAGCCCGACAUUUGAGGUGUUCACGAUUUGGGAAGGUCGUAAGUUUGCUGUCACAGUAGAAGACUUAAUUUCACUGUAUGAUUUCUUUUUGAGUAUAGAAAGGAAUGAUGUAGCAAGGGUCUUAAAAGAGCUUACUGAAAGUAAACAUGGUUGUAUUGAUAAAUUAAAAGCCAAAUUGCCUCGCUCUCCGGCUGAUUCUGGCUACGGUACCCCCUACCCUUUGACACCAACCGCUAAAAAAGUAAGAACCGACUCCAUUCUCAACAUUUAAUAGGUUUGCCAUAUAACCUAUUCACACUGCCUAUUAUGCUGCCUGUCAAUUUUUUUCGUCUUGCGCAAAAUUUGUCUCACUACCUAUUUGUUCAUUGA